UCUAGUAAAUAUAAAUAAUAAUAAAAAAAAGCUUUUUAUUUGGAAGCGAGUUUUCUAGUUUUCUCAAUGUAAAUAAAGAUUUGGCCAAAAGUACUUUUUUUUUUUCUCGAUCUAAAAAAUGGAAGCAGAGGAGAUAGCGGCGGAGCUGCAAAAAGUUGAGGCUGAGAUUCAUGACGUUGAAGACCAGAUAAGGGAUUUAUUUGAGAGGCAAGAGAAGUUGUACGAGAGGCAAUCGGAACUGAAAGCUUUGCUGGAAACACGUCCUGUAGCUGUAAAAGAUGUCUCCUCUUCAACCACUGUGCAAGUGGAAGACUGGUCAGGACCAUUUGACUGGGAUUCUCAAGCCGACGAUAUUAGGUUUAACGUUUUCGGCAUCUCUUCAUAUCGUCCAAAUCAGCGAGAAAUCAUAAAUGCAGUAAUGAGUGGAAGAGAUGUUCUGGUGAUUAUGGCUGCAGGUGGUGGCAAGAGCCUUUGCUACCAGCUUCCUGCCAUCCUUCGUCAAGGAAUUGCUCUUGUUGUCAGUCCUUUGCUUUCUUUAAUUCAAGAUCAGGUAAUGGGUUUGGUCGCCUCAGGCAUUCCAGCAUUCAUGCUCACAUCCACAACAAAUAAGGAAGAUGAGAAGUUCAUAUACAAGGCCUUGGAGAAAGGCGAAGAAGAUGUCAAAUUAUUGUAUGUCACACCUGAGAAAAUAUCCAAAAGCAAGAGAUUUAUGUCCAAGCUUGAAAAAUGCAACCAUGCUGCUCGCCUUUCUCUUAUUUCAAUUGAUGAGGCUCAUUGCUGUAGUCAAUGGGGUCAUGAUUUUCGCCCUGACUAUAAAAAUCUUGGUAUACUCAAAACUCAGUUUCCAAAUGUACCUGUAGUAGCUUUGACAGCAACUGCUACAAUGAAAGUCCAGAAUGAUCUGAUUGAGAUGUUGCAUAUUCCAAAAUGCAUAAAGUUUGUCAGCACUGUCAACCGGCCAAAUCUGUUUUAUAUGGUUCAAGAAAAGUCAUCUGUUGGAAAGGUGGUUAUUGAUGAAAUAGCUGAAUAUAUAAAGGAAUCUUAUCCAAAUAAGGAAUCUGGCAUAGUUUAUUGCUUUUCCAGAAAGGAAUGUGUGCAGGUUGCAAGUGAGUUAUGUGAGAGAGGAAUAUCAGCUGAUUAUUACCAUGCAGACAUGGAUGUAAAUGCUCGUGAGAAAGUUCACAUGCGAUGGAGCAAAAAUAAGUUGCAGGUCAUUGUUGGUACAGUUGCAUUUGGUAUGGGAAUCAACAAACCUGAUGUCAGGUUCAUCAUCCAUCAUAGCCUGAGUAAAUCAAUGGAAACAUAUUACCAGGAAAGUGGCCGAGCUGGAAGAGAUGGACUCCCCUCUGAGUGUUUGCUCUUUUUUAGGCCGGCUGAUGUUCCUCGGCAGAGUUCCAUGGUCUUCCACGAGAACUCUGGAUUGCAGAACCUUUAUGAUAUAGUACGAUAUUGUCAGUCUAAAAGACAAUGUCGCCGAAGUGCCUUUUUCCAGCAUUUUGCUGAGCCAUUACAAGAGUGCAAUGGGAUGUGUGACAACUGUGCAUUCUCAAGUGAGGUUAAAGAAGUGAAUGCUUCAGGUCAUACAAAACUUAUGAUUUCUCUGGUGCAUGAUAUGCAAGAGAAAGAUCAAAGAGUGACAAUGUUGCAACUGGUGGACAGAGUGAAAAAUAAGCAAAAGCAACUAGACACAACAGGAGCAAAACUAUUUGUGUGUGUGUUUGUGUGUGGAGGGCGCAACCUUCAAUCAGAUUUGGAACUAAAGAGGGAAGAGAUGGAACAGCUUGUAGUACAACUUAUACUAGAUCGUGUUUUGAAUUUCGUAAUGAUGUGUUUGUUGGCAGUCAAGAAGGAAGAAUUUCAGCAUACAGCUUAUGCUACAAAUGCUUAUGUUACAGUAGGACCAUCAGCAAACCAAAUUUUGCAAGGGAAAAAAAUCAUCAAGAUGGACGUUGCUUGCAGAACGAAGGAAUUGGAUGGUUACAGGAAAUCAAUUAAACAUGGUGUCACAUCGGUUUUGGAGUUCAAGCUAGAUGAGCUAAGGAAGAAACUUGCAUGUCAUGAUGGGGGAAUAUUCCCUCAUUCUAUCUUGUCAGGUCAACAUAUCAGCAUAAUAAGCGCCCUUAAACCAAGUUCAAUUGAAGAGCUAGAGAAGAUAAUUGGAAAGUUAAAGACAGAAAAGUACGGGGAUAGAAUUAUUGAAGAAGUCAAAAAGUAUGGUAUUGCCGAGGAUCCGAAUUGUGAUGUGUUGAAUGGAGAACCAGGCACUGAAAUAAUACCUAGAAAGAAGCUGAAGACCAAAAAGGAAGUUGUUCUCAUUGAGAGCAGUAAUGAUGAAUCAUAAAAUUUCGUAUGCUUUCCAGAGUACCCCUAAAUUAUAUUACCCUUGUCAAGAGAUAGAAAAUCUGCCGACGUGUAUAAUUCUUACGUUAUUUUCUAUAUCUCAGAUAUGAGAACUUUUACAUCAUUAUUAUUUGCUUAUGCUUUGUAUGAUAUGUUUUUUCUUUUUUUUCGGCCUAUGCUGAAGCCACAAGGCCUCCUUGAAAGUCUAGUACUUUGAAGGGUUAACAGAAAUAAAAGUCCUAUGACAAUUUCUCCUCAAUUGAAAACUGAGAGAGCGGAAGAGGUUCGGUUAAAAAGUAGAAAAAUGAUCUUCUUUUUAUUUUUUGGGGGAUGAAUGAAAGAAUCAUUUUUAUUGGUGCUUGACAAGAGAAAAA